AUGAACUCACACAGACCUGUUCAUCAUAUAUUGUAUCUAUCCACAAUUCUGCUGCUCACAAUUGCGCUCUCCUACCAUCUGUAUGUCAGGAGAAAGUCGGGACCACAGACCCAUUUCGUAGAUUCUGGCAAGUUUGUAGUCGACGAGCUCUAUGAUCAAGUGCGGGUGCUGUGCUUGUUGCCCUACAACUAUGAGGAUUCCAGGGGAGCUCGAUAUGUGAAACGCACCUGGGGCCGUCAUUGCAACGAGUUGCUCUUUGUCAGCGGGGAUGUGGAUGAGGAACUCGAACCGUAUGUUCCGCUCGUUAAUAAUAGUGAAAACUGGAUGCUGGUGCACAUGGGAUUGCAGUAUGCCUAUGACUAUUACAGGCACGACUUCGAUUGGUUGCUCAAAGUGGACGAUCAUAGUUUUGUCGUUAUGGAAAAUCUGCGACAUCUAUUACAUAAUUACUCCGCCAGCGAACCGAUUUCUUUCGGCUACAUACUGCAGGAUAUGGCCGAUAAGAAUGCCUUUCUUUAUAGCAAACCGGGCUAUGUGCUGAGCAAAGAGUCGCUGAGACGCUUUACCAUCGAGGCUCGCAACCGCAGUACAACUAAUUGUAAAUUAAGGGACAUUGGUUUUAUGGAGGAUACGGAAUUGGCCAAAUGCCUGCGUGGAGCGAAAGUGGAAAUCGUCGAUAGUCGUGACAGAGAUGGUUGCGAACGAUUCACGCCCAUAGCGACGGUGCACCAUUUUCUCGAUGGUUUUAAAUACGCACCGUGGUUACAGAAUAAUAGUUGGUUCAGAACGACUGAGAGGCUCAUAUUGGGAGUAUUCCUUUUUAUUUGCUGUCUAACCAUCAAUGGACAGAGGAUGACUUGCCAGAGGUGGAAGGACCGCUGCGAAGUCUGCAUUCGUCGCCUAAAUGAUCCCUCAAAUAAUAUGACCCUGUUCAACGAUAAAUGUCGGGAAAAGCUCCUGCUGCGUUGGGAGUGGCAGAAUCUGAAUCGUUGUGACUUGCAGUAUGUCGCUUGCCGAGCAAAUCACGAGAGCCUUAACUGCAGAGAAAUUGCAUACUUAACGCGAAUGCCUAGGCUGGAGCGGAAUAAGCAGCGAUUAAAGCAUAUUCCCAGAUACACAGCAGAACCAUUUUAA